AUGCUCAGAAUUUCGUUGUAUCGAACAUUUAGACACAAUUGUAUAAGUUUCUUCCCUAGGUAAGGUUAUUAAAAACCUACGAAAAUAAUACUAUUUGGCGUUGAAAAUAUAAUUUUAAUAGUUAAAAAAAUUAAAAAUGUCGGCCACGGACCAAAUGAGGGCAAUGCUCGAUCAAUUAAUGGGCACAACUCGCAAUGGAGAUGAUGAACGCGGAGUUAAAUUUUCUGAUGCUCGUGUGUGUAAAAGUUUUCUACUUGACUGUUGUCCUCAUGAUGUACUCGCUUCAACUCGCAUGGAUCUAGGAGAGUGCCCAAAAGUUCACGAUCUGGCAUUCAGAGCUGAUUAUCAGAGCGCUGCGAAGUCUCAUGACUUUUAUUAUGAUAUAGAAGCUAUGGAACAUUUGCAGGCUUUCAUUGCUGAUUGUGACCGUCGUACAGAGUCUGCAAAGCAGCGUCUAAAGGAAACACAGGAGGAACUAACAGCCGAGGUGGCUGAAAAAGCAAAUGCAGUACAUGCAUUGGCAGAAGAAAUCGGCAAAAAAUUAGCUAAGGCCGAAGCACUUGGUGAAGCAGGAGAAGUUGAAGAAAGUAUGUCUUUAAUGAAGGAAAUAGAUGAAUUGCGGUCAAAGAAAAUUAAAGCAGAGCACGAAUAUCGCACAUCAAUGCCGGCUUCGACCUAUCAACAACAGAAGUUGCGUGUAUGUGAGGUAUGUUCUGCAUAUUUAGGUAUCCAUGAUAACGACAUACGACUGGCUGACCACUUCGGUGGUAAAUUGCACCUGGGUUUCCUUACUAUACGUGAGAAAUUGGCGGAGCUAGAAAAAACGGCAGGUCCACGUAAAGCAGAUCUUAAGCGCAGUGGAAAAAUAGAUGAACGCAAUGACGACAGACAGAGGUCUCGAUUUUUUGUUGGUGGUCGAGAGCUAGAUCGGCGUUCACGCGUACACCGGUCCAGAUCUAGAGAUCGCACCCGUCGCAAUGAACGUGGAGGUGCAAGUAGUUCUGAUGGUAGAUCUGAGCGACGAUCUGAAAAGGAUAAAGAAAGGGAAAAAGAUCGUGACCGACGUGAUCGUGGAGAUCGAGGGGAUCGUGGAGAUCGAGGGGAUCGAGGAGAUCGAGGAGAUCGUGGAAGCGCAGUUUCGCCUAUCAGAGAAGAAAGAAAACGAUCAAGAUCUCGCUCCCGUGCACAGAAGUACAGUUCUCGCCGAAGGUCUCAGUCACGUGAGCGGCAUCGUCGUUAAAAGUGAAGAAGUUGAAAAAAUGGAAUUUUCUCCGUUGCAUUCAAUAACACUUUAUUCGACCCCAACUACAUACAUACAUAUGAUUUUAGUGUGUACAUGACGAUUCCCGUAGCACGUAUGUAAUUAAUUACAAAUUUUUCCGUAUUUUAUUAUGUAACUAAUCAUAAAUUCAAUUCAAUGUUUUCUUUUUGCGAUUUCUUGAAUAAAAUCUCUUUCUCGAUUAUAGAAACAUUUCAUAUACCUACCACCAUUGUUCAGGUUUUGGUAUGUAAACACUUAUUUAUGCUUAUUAAAUAAAAUAUUAGUACGAAAAUAGUAAACUUAUUUAGGUAAACUAGUGACUGACCAGAUUUGUAAGCUGAAUGGACUAUUUCAGAACAAGGUGUUACGAAAGCGCAUGGUUUUAAGAUUUCAAAACAUAUCCUUCACAAAAGAUUGUAAUUAAAAAAGAUUUGCUUUGGCACAUAUUUUUAAUGCAUUGUCAGCGGCUACCCAAUUGCAUUUAAACCAAAUUCAACAUAGUAUCCACUUUCCAGGGAAUUUGGCCCCCAUCUUUGAAAAAUAUUUGUGGUUGGGAAUUGAAAUGCCUGGCUUAUUGCUAUAAAAUUUUUUCCACGAAUGGAUAAUGUAAAUCAUAAAAAUUACGAUUGGCCCUGGUAUGUAUUUAAGUAUGUAUGUACAUAUGUUCUAUCUCUAUUCAAGUAUAAGUCGAACCUUUUGAAUUAUCCAUAUUAAUUCGAAAUCUAUUACUAAUUGAAAGUGAGGAAAGUAUUGUUGAAACCUUCAAUUGGUGCAGAUAUAACAAAUGUAGCUAAAGACAAAUGCCAGCUAACUACGUAGAUAUUCAACUUUCAUAUCGUGGUCAUCUAUGCAAAAGACUUUAUGUGCGUUUUUUAAUAUUCAGUCAGUAUGCUUUGAGAUACACUUCUGCCCAAAAACUCAAAUAGUUAUCUUAAAAAAAUACGAGAUUUAUUACCAGCUGUGGAAGCGUUUCCAACGUUAAUUGAAUAAGUAUUUUGCUUCUCCAAAAUUUCGAAUUGCAAAUUAGGGUCUUUUGCAUUAAUGACGACAGCAUGCGUCUGAUGUACUUUUUUCCAAUAAUUAGUAAUGGCUAGGUGAGUAUCCGCCAUAGCUGAUUGUGGUUACCCAUGACGUACCGGCAUGUUGCCCAAUACGGACAUAAAACAUCUGAAUGAGAGAAGAAUUUCCUUAAUAGCGGUCGCUGAUUUGUCAAACCUCUGACUGACUGCCUUUCUGCAUAAUACUGUAGAGUCGUGAAUUCACAGAAAAUCGAGGUGCAAACCACCAAUUGGAGAAGAAGGCCGCUAUAAGCAUGUGCUAAAUUAUACAUAGUUACUAGAUGAGCUUUGCAACUAGAAGCCAAAAGAUAGCGGCUGUCAAUCUAAAAAUACUACCUAGUUUGUUUGUAUGUGUAUAUAUCUUUAUCUAUGAUUUGUAUGUAUAUUACAAUUGGAAACCAACUUACAGAAAGAACUUAUAAUAAUUCUAAUAAAAUUAUAUAUUCGGUACAUACUGUACCAUAAGCGUA